GCUGGGGGAAUUGGGAGGCAGGUAGCGCUGCCAGAAGUGAGGACGGGUCUUUGGCCUUAGGUGCUGCAGGGCUGUGAGGAGUAUUUAAGGGAACUCGUUGCUUAUUGUCAAAUCUAACUUCAUUAGUUUUCCCACUUUCUGCGUUAGUGAGUUUGUGGGACGGAACAAGGCUUUCACAGUUACCUAGCUUUCACAGAGCUGUAUCUCAGAAAUUUAAACUGAAGUUGGUCUGAAGAUUAGGUGUCUUGAUUUUUCACUCUUCCUUCUUGUUUACUGAUAAAACCUCUUUCUGAAUCUCGGGACGACACGUGUCUUUCGUGUGUCAGACUCAUCUUUCAAGAAGAUUUGAGACUAAUUGCGAAUAAUCAAGAUGCCUUCUGCAUCCUGUGAUACACUCCUGGAUGACAUAGAAGAUAUAGUGUCACAAGAAGAUUCAAAGCCCCAAGAUAGGCAUUUUGCGAGAAAGCAUGUUGUUCCAAAGGUGCGAAGGCGAAAUACCCAAAAAUAUUUGCAAGACGAAAACAGUCCACCAAGAGAUAGCACUAUUCCAGGCAUACAGAAAAUUUGGAUACGAACUUGGGGUUGUUCUCAUAAUAAUUCAGAUGGAGAAUAUAUGGCUGGACAACUAGCUGCUUAUGGAUAUAAAAUUACAGAAAAUGCAUCAGAGGCAGACUUAUGGCUCCUGAAUAGUUGUACUGUAAAAAAUCCGGCUGAAGACCACUUUAGAAACUCAAUUAAAAAAGCUCAAGAGGAGAACAAGAAAAUAGUGCUUGCUGGAUGUGUUCCUCAAGCGCAGCCUCGUCAGGACUACCUUAAAGGGCUGAGCAUCAUAGGGGUUCAACAGAUAGAUCGUGUGGUAGAAGUUGUGGAGGAAACAAUUAAAGGUCACUCUGUGAGACUGCUGAGUCAGAAAAAGGAUAAUGGAAAACGGUUGGGGGGAGCACGACUGGAUUUGCCAAAGAUUAGGAGGAAUCCACUGAUAGAAAUCAUUUCCAUCAAUACUGGGUGUCUCAAUGCUUGUACCUACUGCAAAACCAAACACGCCAGAGGAAAUUUGGCCAGUUAUCCAGUUGAUGAGUUAGUAGAUAGAGCCAAACAGUCUUUUCAAGAGGGUGUUUGUGAAAUAUGGUUGACCAGUGAAGACACAGGGGCUUAUGGCAGAGAUAUUGGCACCAGUCUUCCCGCACUGCUGUGGAAGCUGGUUGAAGUGAUUCCUGAGGGAGCAAUGCUGAGGCUUGGCAUGACAAAUCCGCCCUAUAUUUUAGAGCAUCUGGAGGAAAUGGCAAAAAUCCUUAAUCACCCCCGAGUCUAUGCCUUUCUGCACAUACCAGUCCAGUCUGCCUCUGACACUGUGCUCAUGGAAAUGAAAAGAGAAUACUGCGUGGCUGACUUCAAAAGAGUAGUGGAUUUUCUGAAAGACAAAGUUCCUGGAAUAACUAUUGCUACAGACAUUAUCUGUGGUUUUCCUGGAGAAACAGACCAAGAUUUUCAAGAAACAGUGAAACUUGUUGAAGAGUACAAAUUUCCAAGUCUCUUUAUUAACCAAUUUUACCCAAGACCAGGAACUCCCGCUGCAAAAAUGGAACAAGUUCCAGCGCAAGUGAAAAAGCAAAGAACAAAAGAUCUUUCUCAAGUAUUUCAUUCUUACAAUCCAUAUGAUCACAAGAUUGGUGAGAGACAAAAAGUGUUAGUCACAGAAGAAUCUUUUGAUUCCAAGUUUUAUGUUGCACACAAUCGAUUCUAUGAGCAGGUUUUAGUGCCAAAGAACCCCACAUUCAUGGGGAAAAUGGUCGAAGUGAACGUUUAUGAAUCAGGAAAACAUUUUAUGAAAGGGCAGCCAGUUUCAGAUGCCAAAGUAUAUGCGCCAUCCAUCAGCAAACCAUUAGCAAAAGGAGAAAUCUCAGGUUUAACAGAGUUUUUUGGCCACAAGGCACGUGGGAUCUUAGCUCCCCGACCAGAGAUCGAACCCACACCCUCUGUACUGGAAGGCGAAGUCUUAACUACUGGACUGCCAGGGAAGUCCCAUGAAAUGUUCUUUACAUGGCUGUGCACACUCACAAAGAGACAUCAUAGGGUGGGAUUGGGCAGGCACUUUCCCUUCCUCUGCAUCCUUUGCCCAUAGUCGGAGAAGCGGGUAGAAGGAGCCUGAGGCAAGGCCACGGGCAGACUCCCAGAGCUGGGAAUGGCUGAGGGCAAGAGAAAAGAAUCAGGCCUCCCAGCCUGAAUGACUCACAGAUUGAACAUGCAGGUAAUGCCUGGCUUCUUAGGAUAUGUUUUAGUACUUAUUGAACAUGAUAUUAUCUAAGCACCGGACUAAAUAGUGGAGAUAGAAAUAAUGAAUAUGGUCUCGGCCUUUGAGGAGAUUGUAGUCUGAAUGUUCUUCUGGUAGUACUGCUAUUCUGUUGUGACCCUUUUUGGGAGGGAUUGGGGUGAGAGAGAGGGUCCUUUGUGGGUGCACUAGCUACCCGAUGUGACAUCAUUGCUCUGGUGAUUAAAGUUUUAUGGAUGAUUCUUACCACAUCUAAGGUGUCCAGAAUUGCUCUUUUGUUCUCUCAUUUUGACUACAUUACUUUUCAGACUUUUUACUCAGGCAUCAAUUACCAGUGCCAAAGUAUGACCGUAUGUCUCGGUUUAUCUGGGACGGCCCUGGUUUAUACCUGUUAUCCUGGUAUAAUUAAUAAUAGUGCCCAUUUUUCAUUCUCCAAAGUAUCCUGGUUUGGAUGAUAAAUGAUAUGGUCAUCCUAUCAAUUCAUAAAGUA